AAAAAGUGCGGCUGAAAAGAUGAAAAAAGUGAUCAAUAUCAGAGCACAAAAAGAGAGAUGCAGAGUAUUAUACGAGGGCAACAAAAAAAUUGAAAGUUGAAGCAUUUGGGCUAAAAAUGGAAGACAAAAAGUGACUCAAAUGGAGACUGAGAUGAAGAGAAGCGAUCACUUGCAAAUUGAAGGUAGAGAGGUUGGGAAAUUGAUGGUCUUCAAAAAACCGUGCGCAGGAGAAGUAUGCUUACCAUUAUAACUACUCCGACGAGUCAUGAAAAAUAGCUCUAAAUUCUACGGAUCAUGCCCACUUUAUAUAGGUAAAGGCGUUUUUUCGGAAUUUUUUGUUGCCUAAUCAUGAAGAUUGUCUGUGGCUUCAUUGGAUGAAUUUUCACUACUCGUUACCCGAGGGCUCAGAGGUGAAUGGGAAGUGUUUGGACGAGAGAGAGAGAGAGAGAGAGGGCGAGACUGCUAGUGACGGCCGCGCCGCGG